CACAAUCUAUUUGGAAUAGAAAAGUGUGGCGAGCGAAGCGGAGCGGAGCGGAGCGAGACACCGAGCCCGAAGCGUGGCGAGCGUCCAAUGCUGCAUAGAAAAAAGAAAUUCCCCAAAACGCACGGAGAACGAAGCAGACAUUUAGGAGCUGUAAGGGCGGAAGUUCUCUCCUGCCCACUCGUUUUGUCACGUCCAGGUCCUUUGCGCGAAGGCAACAUAGACACAACCAGGUCACACAGCAGUAGCAGGGCUGUGCUGUGCUGCAGGAUGCUGCCUGUUUGGUUACUGCGGGGGGCUGUAAUUAGGCGGCAUCUCCCCUCCACUCUGUGCCGCACCUCGGCCACACACAGCAGCACAGUAACCACGCAAAGCAGCCAAAUGGGUCAAGGUGUACAUGAAAAUAUGCCACAGAAAAUAGAAAAUCCUUUUCAAGAACCUCCCAAAAGGUGCAUCUUGUGUGGCAUACCAGUAGAUUAUAAGAACAUACAGCUGCUGUCUCAGUUUGUUUCGCCUCACACCGGUCGUAUAUAUGGAAGACAUAUAACAGGGUUAUGCGGUCUGAAACAAAGAGCAAUCGCAAAGGCCAUUAAAAGAGCCCAUAUUAUGGGAUUUAUGCCAGUCACAUACAAGGACCCUUCAUUUCUCAAAGAUCCUAAGAUUUGUGACGUCUGAAAUAAACAUUAUCUCGUUAAUAAAAUAUUGUUUUGCCAUAAA